CGACCCCCGCGCUCGCUGCGGGUUCUGGCGGGCGGCAAAGGGCUGAGGGGAAACUUCCCCGUCCCGCCGGGACACGAACCGCCCUUUCGGGAAGGGAAACGGCUUCUCCUCUGGUGCUGUGCCAGCGGGCGGUGAGGGGGUCUCCGGGCGUUACCUCAGGGAGGCAGGGUCGGGACUCGCCUCUGCUACUAUCCCGCUACAGCUACGUGUAGGCAGGAUUCGAAGCAGAGGCUGACAUGUCAGAGGACUGCAACGAUGAGUGGGAGCUGAGCAAAGAGAAUGUGCAGCCCCUGCGGCAGGGCAGGGUCAUGGCCACCUUGCAGCAAGCACUGGCUCAGCAGGAGACCUCCACCCACACUGCUGUUCAGCUCAAAAAACAGGAAUUUGAAUCAGAAAUCCGAUUUUACUCUGGAGAUGAUCCCCUGGAUGUUUGGGACAGGUACAUCAGGUGGACAGAGCAAACUUUCCCCCAGGGUGGGAAGGAGAGCAACCUGGCAGCAAUCCUGGAAAGGGCAGUGAAAGCCCUCAACGAGCAGCACAGAUACUACAGGGAUCCUCGCUACCUUAACAUCUGGCUCAAGUUUGGCAACUGCUGUAACGAGCCCUUGGAUCUGUACAGCUACCUGCACAGCCAGGAGAUUGGCACAACUCUGGCACUGCUCUACAUCACGUGGGCAGAAGUGCUGGAGGCUAGAGGAAGUUUUAAGAAAGCAGAUCUGAUCUUCCAGGAAGGUCUGCAGCGCAAGGCUGAGCCUCUGGAGAAGCUCCAGUCCCACCACAGGCAGUUUCAGAGCCGUGUGUCUCGACAGACACUGCUGGGGCUGGAGGAAACUCCUGAUGAAAAUGAGACUGGUCUGCUGGGGGCUGCAGAACCUCAGAGGAGCUCCUUGGCAGAUCUAAAAGGCAGAGGGAAGAAAAAAGUGAGAGCUCCAAUUAGUCGUGUAGGAGAUGCACUGAAAGCCUCAAACCAACCCAGAAGCUUCCAGACUCUGACUUCCCAACAGCUUUCAAAUAAUCUGGGUUUUGCUGUGUUUGAUGAAAAUUCAGCUUCUGCACCCGAGGUUCCUGUUCUUACACCACAGCCAUGGACAGCACCUCCAGCUCCCAGGGCCAAGGAGAAUGAACUGAGUGCAGGCCCUUGGAACUCUGGCAGGCGUCCUCGUGGCACUGUGAGUCCUGGUACAGGAAUGUCCUGCCCACUGCCCAGUUUCACCCCCUACGUGGAGGAAUCAGCUCAGCAACAAGUCAUGACUCCCUGCAAAAUUGAACCCAGCAUAAACCACAUUUUAAGCACUCGGAAGCCUGAGAAAGAGGAGGAUCCCCUGCAGAGAGUGCAGAACCAGCAGCAGGAGCCUCAAGAAAAGAAAGAGGUGGUGAAGUACUGCAAAGAGAAAGUUUAUGCUGGAGUUGAGGAAUUCUCUUUGGAAGAGAUCCGAGCUGAAAUCUACAGAAAGAAGGCAAAACAGAAAGCAGAAGAGGAGAUGCAGGCUAUAGCACAGAAGAAGGAAGAAAUACAAAGGAGAAUUGAGGAGCUGGAGAAGAAAUUAAAGGAGAAAGAAAAUGACAAGCAGCAGCAACUGUGUGAACAGCUAACAGAAGUUUUGCCACCUUUGGGACUCCAAGGUUUUACUUCUUCCAGUGCACCAGAAGUUGGGGAGAAGCAGCCUCAUUUGCAAAGUGAAUCCCAGGGCUCUGAAGAUGCUCACCUAAAUAAACCAUCUUGUUCUGAGGAGGUUAUCCAGUCUCCUGAUGCAUGCCCAGGUACACAAAGGGGAAAGGUGUUUCUAGACUCUGAGGAUGAGCAGGAGGAACAGAGGGACGAGGCCAGCCUUGGAAAAAAAGAUGGAGGUCUCUUUCCACCACUGGCUCCCAAUACAUUUUUCUCCAUAUUUGAUGAAUCAUCUACUUUGGCAAAUCAGAAUAUAAGUUGUUCUGCAGAUCAGACACAGAAAAGUGCCCGGCGGCCUCUUGCUGUCCUCAAACCUUCAGAUUCCCUGACUGCAAAGGAGAACAUUCCACCAGGAGCCUCUGAUGAGCUGAAUGGAGUUGAACCUUUGGCUGAAGAUGCAAUUGUAACUGGCUCCUACAAGAACAAAACCCUUUGUGCCAACCCAGAAGACACUUGUGACUUUGUUAGGGCUGCCCAUCUGGCCUCAACUCCCUUCCACGGGGUAGUAGCUCAGAGAGUCCCAGCUCCUGCUUUUUCACAGAGUGUCCUGAAGGAAAACUGCCUGGAACCCCAGAGUGCUCCCCUGAAUCAGGAAACCCUGGUUAGUGAGGAAGCCUACAAUGAAGCUCUCUGUGUAAAUAAACUGAGCCCAAUCCUGGAAGCCAGUCUGGAGGAUACACACUCCUCGGGGGGCUCUGUCUCCUCAGGAUCUUCUCUCUCUGGUGUGACACAAAUAUCUGCUAUUAAAGACCUGCAGAUCCCUGAGAAGCUGGAGCUUGCUCAGAGCUUGCCUGCUGGAGCUGACUCUGGAGGUGUCAGUGAGAACAUUACUGGUGAUGAGGUAACUCUGCUCUCCUGGGGUGCUGAGCAGCGUAAGAAGCUUUUGGAUCCCCUGCCAGAAUCACUGAGUGCUGCUCCAGACUUGUACCUGGAGCCUGCUGCUCUGCCUGCCAUGGAGCUGGAGAAAGAUGUUGAGCUGGGGAAUGAGACUUACUCUAUCAAGAGGGAAUACUGGAGCAAUGAAGAAUACAAGAUGUUUUUUGCAAUUUCCCAGUUGGAUGCAAAGGGAUUUGCAAUUAAGGUGUAUUCUCAGCCUGUGCCUUGGGAUUUUUAUAUCACACUUCAGUUACAGGAGCGUUUGAAGACUGAUUUUGACCAAAGCUUCAGUGAGGAUUGCAGCUGUUUCCUGUACCCAGAUGGCUGUGCUCUCCUGCACAGGGAUAUCAAUCGCUUCACACUUGGGGAUGUGAUUCGUGGCUGUAAAUCCAUCACAGAGGAAGUUAUCCUACUUGUUGUUUACAAUCUCCUGGGUGUGGUUGAGAAGCUCCACAAAGCAGAGAUUGUCCAUGGAGACCUGAGUCCAGAGGUGUUCUUUCUGGGAGACAGGAUCUGUAAUCCGUUUGCUAAUGAUGAGAUGGCAAGAGCUCUGAAGAUAGUGGAUUUCUCUCACAGUCUGGAUUUGAGAUUACAGCCUCGAGUGAGUUUGCCCAACAGCUUCCCAAUAGCUCAGACCCCUCAUGGAAAGCAGCUCCUGGGAAAAAGUUCUCUUCCAUAUCAGGUAGACUUGGUUGGCAUUGCAGACAUAGUGCAUUUGAUGCUGUUUGGGGAUCAUAUCCAGGUCUACCAAGAGAACUGCAUCUGGAAAAUCAGCCAAAAUGUAUCAAAGACUUUUGACAAUGAUUUCUGGAGUAAACUUUUUGGGAGAAUUCUGAAUGCAGGUGGUAAGUCCACAGUGCCUCUGCUGAGGGAGUUGAGAGAGGAAAUCAGUGACAUGUUUGACAGCUGUUUCCAGGAACAUCUCCGUGUAUCCUUACUUGCACUGGGAGAAACUUUCCUCUUGGAGAACUUGCUGUGAUUUCUUAGAGGACAAACACCUUUUGUAUUAUAUGGAGGAAUUUUGUUGUUAAUGUUCUUAUUUAUUCUUUUUUCUCAAACAUAAGCCUGAACAGGGACUGUAGUUGUUUCUGCAGUACUUCACAUGGGACUUGCUAAAGGCUGAUAUUGCAUCAGUGCCCAGAGAAGCUCCUCAGCCUGCUACAUGAACUGGUCUGCUUCUGAGCAGUCUGCCAUAAAAAGUUGAUUGUCACAACUGCCCUGCCCCUUUUUGUAUAGAUCCAUAGAAAAU